AUGCCAAAGCUUGACUGGGUUGGCAAUAGCCCCUCCACUAACACCGGGCUCACAUUUGCGGUGCCCUGGGCUCAAGGACAAUACCGGUCGAAGCGCAGUAGUGUCUACUGCCUUGAUCAGAGUGGCCACAGACUGCCCUCGCAGUGCUGGAACACUGCCUACUGGCCAGAUGGCUCAGUCAAAUGGACAGGCCAUGCACUCCCUGGUCUGCCGCAGUACCCGACUAGUGUUUAUGUUGAUUGUGUCGGUUCUGUUUCGCCUUCCGAGGAGGCAUCCUCCGUCCCAAGCGAAGCGCGAACACCGAUACGGACAUUAUCAGAUUCGGAUAGAAUAGAAAUCGACACUGGUACAAUCAAAGUAGUCUUCCCAACGUCGGGCAAUUCGGUCAUUGAAAGGAUCGAAAAUUGCCAUUCUGGGAAGGUGGUUGCCGAAAAUGGACAUCUAGUGCUGCAAAGUCAACGCUCACUGCCACUCGAGGACGAUCAAGCCAGCUCCACCGCAAAGCUAUAUAAACUAAGGGGGAGCAUAUCAAAAGCAGAAAUUGAGAAUGAAGGACAUGUCAGGGUCGUGGUACGCGUUGAAGGAAGACAUCAAAAGUUGGCCGACUCCGAUGGAGAUGAAUCAUCACCCGACUGGCUCCCAUUUAUUCUACGCGUUUACCUCUAUGCCAAUUCAGAUAGCAUUCGAAUUGUACAUACAGUUCUCUACGACCAAGAUCCAGAGAGUCAGUUCAUUCGGGGAAUCGGGGUGAGAUUUAACAUCCCUCUCGAAGGCGAGGCUACCUACGACCGGCACGUACGAUUUGCAGGGGUAGACGGCGGUAUUUUUACCGAAGCAGUGCAAGGUGUCACGGGACUAUGGAAAGACCCAGGCGUGAAGGUUCGACAGGCACAAGUCUCCGGUCAACCGACACCCGGCUCGGAGCAUUGGAGCCCGGAAUUCCUGUCUCGGCAACAGUGGGUUCCUCAUUGGAAUGACUUUACAUUGACACAGUUAUCACCUGAUGGCUAUAUCAUGAAGAAGCGAACAAAAGCAGGCCACAGCUGGGUCAACAUCCCCGGGGGACCCAAGGCAGACGGCCUCGCGUAUCUCGGCGGAGCAAGAAAUGGCGGCUUAGGUAUUGGGAUGCGUCAUUUCUGGGAGAGGUACCCUACACAGAUUGAUAUUCGCAAUGCUGAUGCUGAUCGCGGAGAAGUAACCAUAUGGCUCUACAGUCCUGCAGCAGAGCCCUUGGACAUGCGUUCCUACCACGACGGUCUAGGUCUAGAGACAUACGAUGAGCAACUAGAUGCGCUACAAAUUACCUACGAAGAUUGGGAGCCAGGCACUGGAUCCCCUUACGGCAUAGGGAGAACCAAUGAACUUUAUUUGUAUGCGUUCGAGCAUACACCAGCUGUGGAAGAUUUGUCAAGAAUAACAAGAGACAUGCGCAACCCGCCUCUUUUGGUUGCAGAGUCGGAGUAUAUCCAUCGAACAGGGGCAUUAGGACAAUACUGGAUCCCCUUCUCUACAUUGGGUAAUUCAGGCAAUGCUCUUAGCUCAAGGACAAUCGAAAUCCUGCAAAAUCUCGAUUUUCUAUUCGAAUUUUACAAAGAGCAAAUCGCACAACGCCGCUGGUACGGCUUUUGGGACCACGGAGACAUCAUGCACACAUACGAUGCAGACAGACAUACCUGGAGGUAUGAUGUCGGCGGCUACGCUUGGGACAACUCAGAAUUGUCCCCGGAUCUAUGGCUAUGGCUCUACUUUCUUUGCACACGACGCAAAGAUGUGUUUUACAUUGCUGAAAACCUAACCCGGCAUACCUCAGAGGUUGACGUGUACCACCUCGGUCGAUUCAAGGGUCUUGGGACCAGACAUGGGGUUCAACAUUGGAGCGACAGCUGCAAGCAAGCCAGAGUCUCAAACGUACUAUACCGGAAAUACUUCUACUAUUUGACGGGAGGGGACGAGAGAAUGGGUGAAGUAAUCCGAGAGACGCUAGAAGUUGAAAGGACAUUCUGCGUGCUAGAUCCAUACAGGAAAGUGCGUCAAGAUCGGAGCUAUGCUGCUCAAGAUCCUGAAAGUGGAUUCUUAAUUUCUUUGGGGACAGAUUGGUCCGCUCUAGCUGCGGGUUGGAUGAUGGAAUGGGAAAGAAGGGGUCCCCAAUGGGAGACUUAUCGGAGAAAGUUGAUUACUUCCAUGAAGGGCAUCGUGAAGCUGAAGAACGGAUUUGUUACGGGCCAGGCGCGAUUGCAUAUAGAGACAGGGAUGAUCAGUCCGCCUCCUGCCGAUGUUGAGAAUAAAGGACAUGUGCAAGUAUCUCACCUAUCGGCCAUGUUUGGUCUAAUGGAGACCUGCGCCGAACUUGUCGACAUUGACCUUGACGAGCAGGGUGGCAGGAAUUUACCGCAAGAAUUCCGAUCCGCCUGGCUAGAUUACUGCUUUUACUACAAUGCGCCAGGCGACACGCAAAUAUCGCGCUAUGAUGUUAGUUUCCCCAAACUCAUUCUUCGACAGGGACAUUCACGUUUGACAGCAUAUGCGGCUCAGCUACUGAACAAUCCGGAGAUUGCUUGCCGGGCUUGGAAGGAAUUCUAUGAAGGCGACGGCUACGCCAGAUCAUUGCCAUGGAGAACGAAAUGUAUCAAUGGAAGCGAAGUGCCAGUCCCUAUAGAAGAAGCCAAUUGGGUGUCUACUAAUAUCACGUCGCUCUAUGGACUCGCGGCUAUCCAGGGGUUGGCGUUCGGUGUUGGUUAUUUACAUGAGUACUGGGAUUUGAAAACUCAAGUCAAUUAG